AUGCCCUUCUGGCCCUUCAAGCGGCGGCGGAGCGGCAUACAUGACGUAGAACGACAACCACUUGACGAGAAGUCGCAGGCAUUGCAGGGCAAAGCUGGUUCUCCCGACCAAACGUCAAAGUCAGCAGGAAGAAGUAAGCGGCGCAUCUCUGCGCAGCAGGAGAAGCUCCUCGAGGCGCAAUCUACCGCCACCAAGAAAAGGCAGGGCUCCGACAACAAAGAGAACGUAUCUCCAGCGGCUACCCGGAGACGCAGCAUCGAGGACAUCACCGCACUACCUGGUAGUAAACGGUUAGAUUCGAGCCCGCACUUGCGACCAGUGGAUCUGGAACGACCUGCCAUUCCAUACAACUUCCGGCCCUACUCAGCGUCGCAGACAAGCAUACAGCGACUCAGUGCGGAGCCUGCGAGACCCCGGACUCUUCGAUCAAGAAACAGUGGAAUCAGCGGAGCCCCGUCACGGCGAUUUUCGGGCAGGCGCAAAGACGCGACGCUUCGUGAGGAGGAACUCCGGGCAAUGAGCCAGCCAGUGUCCAUCCCAAAGCGUCGCGGAGAAGGUCCUCUGCGGACCGAUAGCAAGAAGUUUCGCGGCUUAGGCAUUCGUGGCUCGAACGUGUCGUUGCCACCGCAGGAGUCAGUACACUCAUCAAUGUCUGGCGUCGCUGAGCAGCGCGGCUGGGAGGUCGGCGUCUGGGCUGCAUUCAAUCCACGGCCUGCGGUACGACUUUCUGGUACGCCGCAGUAUGUCGCGCCCUCAAGCUUGCCGGGCUCUUCAAGAGUCUCACCGCAAGUAUCGAAAAAAGACAAGGAGAAGCAGCCCAUGUCGCGAACUUCUGCGAGGAAGCGACAAACCGUCGGCGCGCAGGCGGACCAGUUUGACGCUGGUGACUUGCGGGUGCUGAUGGAACGCGACGCAAAGCGGAGAGAGCGCCGUGAGAAGGAGCAACAGGAGAAGCUUGACCGUAAACUGCGAGAGCGGAAGGGCCGCAACCGCGGAGACAGCGACAAGAGUCGCCGCUCCGCCAAAGAGAGGAAGCAACAGGCGGAGGAGGUGCCACCGCUGCCCACCGAAGAUGCGAGAAUCCGUCAACUCAUGACUCCGCCACCCGAUACCCACCCAGCUCUACGCGGCGAGCUGAUCAGGAAUGAGGGCGAAAUUGUGGGCUUAGGCGAAGCCAUGGAGGCUACCAGUGUGUACUCGCGUGACCAGCAUCAGGACACAACCCCCGAAAAUCCAUUUGAGGAUCCGCCGCCACCGUUUGAGGAUCCACGCCCGGCGCCUUUGCCGCCACCACAAACAGCCCCCCUAGCAGACCUCGAACCCACACGCAGCAUACCUGGAGCCUUCACGCCCCUCGAGAGCCCGAUGGAAGACCCGAUUGUGUCUACCGCGCAGGCCGUCCGUCUGUCACAAACUUCAACACCACCACUGUCGCCAAUUCGUACGGGUCCACCCGAACGUGUCUCUUCCCGUCUCAGCCAAGUGCAAACCCCAGAUCAGAUAGAUGCUCCAUCCUUGCCAACGGCGUCGCGGAGAACAUCUGAAGCUCGUGAGAGGCGGCCGGGUGCUUGGGCCUCUUUCUUCCGCAGGGGUGCCACCACGUCACGGAGACCUGCAGAGGAAGAAGGCAGAGACUCACCGUCGCCGUUGUCUUUCUCCAACACUUCGCGCGAGUCAAUGCGACACCAGCCGCUGCCGGCGCAUCUAGUCGGCACGCAAGCGCAGCCAGCUCAGCUUAGGAAAUCUGGCGCACCUGUAAGGACUCAGAGCAAGUUCCGAGAAGAUCUACCUGAGAUUCCUGUCUCGCCUCCGGACUCGAGGAUACCCUCUCCCGAUGCCACACAAGCUGCCGCGAUAGCUGCCGCAAUAAGACGAGCACGGCAAACGCCCGCUAUGGACGUACCGGGCGCUCGCUUCGAGACCCCUGAUCCGGCUUCGAUCAAUCGCAACGAUACGCCUAUCAGCCCAGACACGCACAACAAUGGCUUGAUGUCCGCCUCAUUAGCAUCAGUGGACUCGGAAGCUUCGUGGCUCGCAAGCGCCGGCAAGCGACAAUCAAUGCAGUCCUCGAUUAGCAGAGGCAUGGGUUCGAUCAGUAAACGCAAGCCCGAGUUCACGGGCAGCUACGAAGAGCUCGGCGGGGACAGAGACGCCGAGUAUUUCAAGCGCGUGACUCCAAGCCCGACGAUGCGUGAAGGGCGGCGGCGAAAAAGCUCAACGGCUCUUACAGGUGCUGGUCCGGAUAAAGAAAGCGAGGACGGCGAAGAAGAAGCAGCAGUAGCAGCAGCAGCAGUAGCGCCAGGUGCCCAACCUUUCACUGUGCACGAAAGCAUGCGGCGCAAACCUACGCUCGUGCACGGUGACCCCCGCCUCAAAUCACGCGAAGGUCUUACUGAGUAUGCCGCCGCCACGGAGACGGCAGAGGUAGAGGUAGAGGCAGAGGCAGAGGCAGAGGAGGGCGGCUCGCCGAAGUCCGAGUACGAACACGAGGAAUCGGAAGUGCGCAGCGCGAAGAGCGUUAACUAUGGUCGGCACCAUGCGAGACACCUUUCUGCAGGAAGUGCGAAAUUGUUGGAUAUAUCUUCUUCGAAGCGGGCUUCUGCGGAUCUUUCUACCAUGAGCCAGAGGAGCUCGAUGGUGGGACCUGCUCCUGCAAGUCGGACAAGCCAGCUUUGA